AGCCAGAUUAGCCUCUCUCUUUGGCCUGGAUCAAACAGUCUCAAGCCAGGGAAAUGAUUUCUUCCAGUUCACUGCACCGAAGCAGCCCAAGAAGGGUCAGACAGCAGCUGGGCAGCCCCAGAAGGCCCCGGCAGCCUCGGGAGCCCCCUCGGUGCUGGCGGCCACGGCCGUGCUCGCCUAUCGAUAUACAAAUGGGCAGUACUUGAAGCAAGGCAAGUAUGGAGCAGCUGUAGUGGGGAACCACACCACCAAAGAGUACAGGAUCCUCCUUUACAUCAGCCAGCAGCAGCAGAUCACCUCUGCAAGGAUCCACCCAGGCUUUGUGCUCACGGUUCAGCCCAACAAUUACAGCACGUUCUAUGAUGAUCAGAGGCAGAACUGGUCCAUCAUGUUUGAGUCAGAAAAGGCAGCAGUGGAUUUCAGUAAGCAGGUGUGCAUUGCCAAGUGCAACAGCUCUGCAGCCCUGGACUCAGUCCUCUGCCAGGAUCUCGUGCUGGGAGAAGGGCAGGGGGUGGAAGGAGGAGACUCCCUGGAGGUUGCCUAUACAGGAUGGCUGUUCCAGAACAACGGCCUUGGGCAGGUGUUUGACUCUAAUGUUAACAAAGACAAGCUGCUGAGGCUGAAGCUGGGCUCUGGAAAGGUCAUCAAGGGCUGGGAAGAAGGAAUGCUGGGCAUGAAGAAAGGAGGGCGAAGGUUCCUCAUCAUUCCUCCAGCCUGGGCCUACGGGGCUCAGGGCGUGGCUGCUCGAGUGCCCCCAGACUCCACUCUGGUGUUUGAGGUGGAGCUCAGGAGGGUGAAGCUGGCAAAGGAGGGCUCUGGUUCAGAUGGGCUGAGUGUCAGCUCCAGGGAUUCCCCUGCACCUUCUCCAGUUCCCAGCUCAGAUGGCUUCUCCUCAGACUCUGCUUUAGUGCCUCCCUCCACCAUCCCUCCAAAGCCUGGGGAGCCAGCUGUCCGGGCCAAGUCCAACUCCAUCAGUGAGCAGCUUGCAAACCCAGAUGUGGCAAAGGCAAAGCUGAUUUCUCGGAUGGCCAAAAUGGGACAGCCCAUGCUGCCUUUCCUUGCUGGGACAGCAGGGAGCCAGCUGGACUCCAGUGACUCAGAAAUAGAGGAUCCCAAUACUCUGAGAGGGACAACACAGCCAGUGGCUUCAACCAGAGCCUCCCAGCCAGCUCAGGCAGUGCUGCCCACAGUGUCCACACAAGUACCUCAAGCAUCUGGUGCUGCACCUUCAGUAUCUUCUGCUGCUUUAAUUCCUGCAACGAUCCAGCCCCAUUCAGCUCUGCCUGCAGGAGCACAAGGCUUUCAGGCAUAUCCAGGAGUGGCAUUUGCUUACCCCCAAACUGCUGCAUCUGCCUCUCAACUGCAGCCUGUGGGUCAGAUGUAUCCUGCUCCUUACCAAGCCCCUGGAGAUGUCACUUCCUUUUUGAUGACAGAAGCUCGGCAGCACAACACUGAAAUCCGAGUGGAGGAGCUGAAGAAGCAAAGCAGUGCCAACAGCUCCCUGCUGCCUGGCAUCUCCUCUGUCACCAUGGAGGCCUCCAUGAUCAUGAGCAACAUCCAGCGCAUCAUCCAGGAGAAUGAGAGGCUGAAGCAGGAGAUAUUUGAGAAGAGCAGUCGGAUUGAGGAGCAGAAUGAGAAGAUCAGUGAGUUGAUUGAACGCAACCAGAGGUAUGUGGAGCAGAGUAACCUGCUGAUGGAGCAGAGGAACCACUCCCUGCAGACCACAAACGAGAGCACCCAGGCAAGAGUGUUGCAUGCAGAGCAGGAGAAGGCCAAAGUUGCAGAGGAGCUGGCAGCUGCCACAGCCCAGGUUUCCCAGCUGCAGCUGGAGCUCACUGCCCACCAGAAGAAGGAGAUGGACCUGAGGAAGCAGCUCUCCUGUGCUGUGCAGGAUGCAGAGAGACAGGAGGCACAGCUCAACAAGCUGCAGGCACAGGUGGCAGAGCUGCAGGAAGCCUCCCAGGACACCCAGAGCAGGUUCAAGGCUGAGAAGCAGAGCCGCAAACAGCUGGAUAUGAAAAUUGCAGCACUGGAGGAAGAGCUGGCAGACCUGAGGGUGGAAAAGGAGACUCUGGAAAGGAAUCUUGCAGAGAGGAAGAAGAAAUCUCUGUCAGAGCGAGCUCAGGCAGAGGAGGAGAUGGAGGAGAUUCGCAGGUCGUACCAGCAGGAGCUGGACAAGCUCAGGCAGCUCCUGAAAAAGGCCCGGACCUCGACUGACCAGGCAGCAGCAGAGCAGCUGUCAGUGAUCCAGGCAGAGCUGGAGUCCCAGUGUGAGGCCAAGUGGGAGCGUGCCCUGGCCUCAGCCAAGGAGCAGCACGCCCGGCAGUGCCAGGAGCUGUGUGAGCAGAGGGACUCCCUGCAGCAGCAGCUGGCCCAGCUGGAAGAGAAGCUCACAGCUCUCAAACACUCAAAAAAAGCAGAGGAGCAAAAAUUGUCUGAGGCUCAGCAACGUUUGGAGGAGCUGGAGCCUAUCCAAGAGAAGUUCUCAGCCCUGCAGGCAGACAUGGGGGCACUGAGGGCUCGCUACGAGGAACAGCUCCGAGAGCUGCACCAGCAUCAGGAUGGAUCUUCCCCUGCAGACUACACUGAGCAAGUAAAGAAGAUCAUGAAUGGUGUAUUUCAGUCUCUUCGGGGAGAAUUUGAGCUGGAUGAGAUGUACAGUGGCAGGACAGUCCUGGGGGUGGUCAUGAACACUAUCAAGACUGUGACACUGCAGCUGCUCAGCAGGCAGCAGGAGAAACCAGAGCAUGGCAGUGAAAAUGAGGAAUGUGGCACAGGAGCAGGGAGACAGGAGGGAUCCCCUGGAGCAAGGACUGAGCACAGACAGGCCCUGCAGCACAGCCCAGCCCUGAGCCCUGCAGCCCCAGCUGACCCUGGGGGAGUGACCAGAGGCUCCCUGCAGCCAGGCCAGGCUGCUCCUCACCCUGCUGGGCCCAGAGCUCCUGAGGAGACACUCAGCAGUGGGGUGACAGAGGAAGGGGAGGUUCAGGAGCAUCUGCCUCCCACAGCUGGUUCCAGCCUGGAUGCUGAGAAGGAGCCUGUGCUUGCAGGACAGCCUGUUCCUGGGCUGGAGCAGGGGUUGGACAGAGUUCCCAUCAGGAGGGCUGGCCCAGAACAGGAUCCCUCUGCUGUGCCUUCUGUUGCAGGAGCCAAGCCAGGAGAGGGGGAUGAGGCAGCACCUCCAGCAUCUCCAGCUGUGGAGCAGAAGGCAGAGGAGGCUGGGGGAGGUUUAGAACCUCCUCCCUUUAAUGGGGAGGAGGAGAAUGGCACAGACCCAUGGGAUGGAGCUGACUCUGAGCUGGAACCUGCCUCAGUGUCCAGCAGAGCAGAGCCAGGCUCAGCUGUGCUGGGAAAAGCUGCAGGAUCUCAGGAACUGGGCUCCAAUGCCAGGCACACAAAUUCCAGCCUCUUUGAGGAUGACAACUUUGAAACAGCAUCUCCUGAACCACUGGAGCGUGAGGUUCCCGAGGAGGAGGAAGAGGAGGAUAUUGAUAUGGUGGUGAGCAUGAAGGGGCGUCCCCCUCCCCUGCCGCUCUUCGGUGAUGAUGAUGAAGAUGACCUGGCAGCAGGGGGCUCCUCUGCCACUCGUGGCUGUGCAGGUGACCUGGCAGCAGGGGGCUCUUCCUCCACCAGUGCGUGCUCAGACGUGUCACGCUGAGCUGCCCAACACUCUGGGCUUGGGCUGAGUGCAGGAGCCACCCCCUGUCCCCCUCCCCUGAGCCCUGGAUUCAUUACUCUCAAACCUUUUGCAAAUAGGAACUUGGUGAAGAGCUUCAGCAGAGCGACUCUGGCAGGAGCCUGCAGUGGCAACACCCUGUUAAAAAAUCAGACUAAAAUCUCCUUCCCCAGUGAUGAAGUCUUUGGAUGUUUCUCAGUCCCCAGGUGGCUCCCAGGGACUCUGCACCCUCUCCCCACUGUGUCUGAGCCAUGUGCCACUGGAGGUUCCCCCAGGAAUCCCAGCCAGGUGUUUCUGUGAGCCCCUGGGGGCUGAGGUGGUUCAGGGGGCUGUGGCACAGGAGCUGUGAUGGUACAAGGAGCCCAGGCCUGCUGUGUGUCAGACACAGCUCAGCUCCUGCUUUUGCUGGCUGUGUUUCCCUGUGGGAGCAGCCCCCAGCUCUGGGCUGUGCUGUGUGCUUGUGCUUGGGAAGUCCUUCCCCACAGCCCAGCCCCUCUCCCGUGCCUUUGGCUGUGCUGCUGUUCAAGUGUGACCCUCCCAGCACCAGUGACACUGUACAGAGGGGCUGGGCUGGCCAGGCUGGGGUCUCCCUGCACUCUGAGGGGACCAGGAGGGGAAAGGAGUGAGGACAGAGCUGGGCAAACAGCCUGGGGCUCUCACAGCACUUUGAUUCUCCAUUCAUGGGCACUAACACAACUUCAUCCCAGAAGUCUUUAAAAUAAACCCCUGCAUAAAAUCAAAGGACUUAAACUAAUUCUACUAAUUCUAUGGUUUUGUUUCUACACCUGCCUUUACAGUCUCUGACUGGAAUCAGAUCUCUGUCCCCCUAAAGGUGAUUUCUUGGGAGGAAAACACCCAAAAGAACACUGGCUGUUGCUGCUGGGGUGUGGCAGGUCCCUCUGCCCCAUCCUCAGUACCACAAAUUGCCAAAUGCAGCUGAAAUUGGGGCAGAGACCAAAGCCUGUGACAGCCACCCUGCUGCCAUGCAGGGUGCCCUGAGCUGGGCCUUCCUGGGCAUCCCUCAGUGCUCAAUGUGAGGGUGUUUGGAACUGGAUUUUGGGGGUGCUUGUGCUGCUCUGAGUGUCAGUGCCCCUCGUGUGGCCUCUGGACCCAUCCAUGCAGGGUUCCAGGGGUGAUCAUUGCUCAUAAAAACAACUUCCACUUCUCAUUCCCCAUUACAGAUAGACACCCUGAGGGAUUUGCAUUUCACUUCUUGGAAAAUAAAGUGCAAUUAAACCUGA